CGUUCGCUCAUCUCACUUUACUCGCCCAUUGUGCCAAUAUUUAUUUCUACAAAACCUUUUUCUUCUUCGAACUAUAUGAAGAUCACCAACAAAAUACCAACAUGAAUGGCCCUCUCUUCCUGUUCUACUGCAUAGAAAUCCUGGCUGCACUAUUGUGUGGAGCUCAGAAUGUCGCUUCUACUGCCAAUUUGACGAACAGUCAGGAUCCUGCCGCAACUGGACAAAAAAACUAUUCACAAUCAAACGCAGACGCCAUUUCAUCAACUUCCCAAGCAUUGACCCCGACUGAUCCCACCCGUGUUGCCAGCGGCGCGCCUUCCACUGUGGCACCUCCAGCCGUCUCCCAGGACUCCAAUAGUCACGGCCUUUCCCUUUCACCUAGCCCACAGCCCACCACCACCACCACCGCCGCCGCCGCCGCCUCACCUAUCUAUAUGUUUUACAAAAAGGAAUGUCAUCCAGUGUUCAUGACGGCCGGCGGACUGAUCAUCGCCUGCACUGUCCUGCUGACGUCUACCCUGCUGCUGAUGUGUACAGUGUGCCGGUUGAGCAGACGCAUCAAGAUGCUGAGCGCCAACGGCGACCUGAUCAGCACCUCCGAAUACUGGAUGGGAACCGCCAAGAGGAGCAAAAGCGAGCCGGAGACCAACGCCAAUGAGGCCGCCGUGUUAAUGGCCGACAUCGGUCAAACACAGGAGGCCGUGGGAGACGGAGCCGCCAAGGAAGAGGCGGCGAAGGCAAAGGAGGACGGACGAAUGGGAGAGGAGGACAAGAUGGAGGUGGGAGACACGGCUCAGAGCGGGGAAGCUCCCGCGACGCCCGCUGUGGGGAAUGCAUCCUCUUCAACGCCGCAAGAGGAGGCCUCUGAUGCCCAGGCCUGAGCGGCCCCCUCCUCGAAGGGCACAGAGGAACCGAAAGAGGAGGUGUAGAGCUGUGUGCCAAAGAGUUUCCUGAGCAUCUGGCUUAACUUCCCUCUCGCUUUACAACCCUUUUUGAUCAAAUAAAGGACAUUUUCUUUGAGCCACUUUUGCAUUAGAGUAAGUUGAACUGCUGCGUGUUGCUGGCCACAGAGUACACAUUUUUGCUUAAGAACAGUGGGUUGAUGCUGUAUUUCUCUGUUGUUUUAGUUUUUUGGAAUAUUGAUACAUAUUCAUCUUUAUUCUAAUAGUCAAUUUGUGUCUCACAUAUAAUUUUUUUAAUGAAGUACAUACAUGUUUGACAUUAUGAUAUAUGCAACAACCAGAGGAAUAAAACACCUGUAACCUCA